AGAGAGAUGGAGAACUCCUCCGUGCUCCCCUCGGACGCCCCCUAUUCCCCCCAACUCUCCCCCAUCCACCAGGCCUUCUGGAUCAUCUCCCUCAUCGUCUUCUGCUUCUCCUUCGUCCUGGGCAUCGCUGGCAACGGGCUAGUGAUCUGGGUGGCGGGCUUCCGAAUGAGCCGUACGGUCACCACGGUCCUGUUCCUCAACCUGGCGGUCGCGGACUUCGCCUUCACUUCCUUCCUGCCCUUCGUCAUCAGCAGUACCGUCCUGCAGCCGCACUGGCCCUUCGGCUGGUUCCUCUGCAAGCUCCUCAGCUUCCUGUCCGUCCUGAACAUGUUCGCCAGCGUCUUCCUGCUGACCCUCGUGGCCCUCGACCGCUGCGUCUCCGUGCUCUGGCCCAUUUGGGCCCGGAACCACCGCACGCCCCGUCUGGCCGCCCUGGCCGCCGCCGGGGUCUGGAUACUCGCCCUCGCCUUCUCGGUGCCCACGUUCAUCUUCAGGACCACGGACACGGAGGACGGGAUCACCUUCUGCUACUUUGAAUUUGAAAACCGGGACGAGGCGGGGGAUGACGAGGAGUACGUGGACCCCUGGGCUGAGGGCCGCCACUGGUCCCUGGUGCUGACCCGCUUCUCCCUGGGCUUCCUCAUCCCCCUCAUCAUCAUCAGCGUCUGCUAUGGGCUCCUCACGGCCAAGCUGUGGAGCGGGAUGCGCAGGGCGCGUUCCAGCCGGCCCUUCCGCAUCCUCACGGCAGUGGUGGCCGCCUUCUUCCUCUGCUGGCUCCCUCACCACGUGCUGGGCAUGAUCGAGGCUUCCGUCUACUCCCACCCUCAGCUCGUCGAGGUUCUGCCCUACCUGAGCCCGUUCUCCGCCUCGCUGGUGUUCGUCAACAGCUGCCUCAACCCCCUGCUCUACGUCUUCAUAGGUCGGGACUUCAGGGAGAAGCUCUUCCGCUCCCUGCCCAACGCCCUGGAGAGGGCUCUGAGCGAGGAGUCCGCCGCCACGGGGACCACCGGUAACAGCUCCGUCUCGGCGCCCCCCGUGGCUGUCACUGAGACAUAGACUGUGAGGAGACUCCAAUCUCGGGGGAUUCUGGGGACUGCCUUGGUGUCUGAUAGUCUUUCUCUUUCUGCCGUCUACAGUCUUUGUUCCGAUUUUACAAACCCUUCCUGGUUUUCAUAUUUCAUGUUUUAAGCCCUUCUAUCCCCAUUAUUGGCGGUCAGCUUCCCAGGUACCCUUGUGAUGAUACCCUUCUACGCUCUAUGCCAGUGGGCUCAUAGGCUCUGGUCUCCUGUCCUCCGGGUUCUAAGGACUCACAGCCCCUGCUUGCUUGACAAACUAUACCAUAAACUCCUUAUAAAAGUCUCCCUGGACAAGGUACGGGUCUAGAUAAAUCUUUCAUUCAGAGCUAAAAGAAGGGGCCCCUCCCCACUGUGAGGGGUUGAGGUGACAUCAUCCCGACCCUAGAUUCCAUCACCCUCAUUCACUCCCUCUUCAAAUAGCUCCGGUUUUCAAACCUGUUCUUGGAAUCUUCCACCUCCUCUUUCACAAGGUUCCUUCCGCUGGUUCCUUUGGGGUCAGCAGAAAUUGCUCCAUCCCCUCACUUAGUUCAGCAAACACUGCUGAUGGCUUUGAGCAAUAUUUGCCUUUCUCUCUCAGGCCCCAGCUUUUGCAGCCUUCCUGUAGAUCUCAGGGAGGAAUGGAGGAAGAGGGGGAGAGAAAGAGCCUGUGGCCAAAAACAAAGAGAUCUGUGCUUCGGUCCCUAUUCCAUCCCUGUGAGAACAUCUUUCUUCCCUCUGCAUCUCUAUAAACUGUGGCCUUGGGGGGCUGAGACUCCGUGAUUCUCUGGGCACUGUUUCUAACUUUCAUAACUUUGUUAUGAAUGAUUUUCUGGCUAUGGGAUCCCUGAGUGAAUUGGGCAGGGACUUCCGCCUUCAGAAAUGUGACCUAUAGGAUGUAAAGUUGAAUAACAACCAAUAGUUCACAUCCAGGUCUAGUCACUUUUGUCUUCUAUGGGAACUUCUGCAAAAAGAUGAUAAUUGUACACAUGGGAGUUGAUGAGUUCAAAAAGAGAAUGCAAUAUAUUGGAUUUAACAUAUAUUGGACUACUUGCCAUGUAGGGGAGAGCAUGGGAGAAGGGGUGGGGGAAUUGGAAAACAAGGUUUUGCAGGAGCUAAUGCUGAAGAAUUGUCCGCGCAUAUGUUUUGAAAAAUAAAAAGUUUUAAUUAAAGAAAAUAUAAAAAUAAAAAACAAAAAUAGGGUGCAAAAUGAAAAGGUCCCAGGAGAGAGCCUUGAGAGAUAACCACGAUGAUCUGGAUGAAGAAGCAGAGGUCAGAUAAGUAGAAAGAGAACCAGGAGAUAAAUGUCACAAAAGAACUAAAAAGCAGAGUAUUCAGGGGGAGAACAUGUUUCUCCUUCAUGUAAGAGGAAAAUUCAGCUACUGCUAAAUCCUUGUCUAGUGUGAUUAAGCCCAAGAAAGGAGUAAUCAUAAACCAUAAUAACCCACAUCAAAAACCAUCUGCCACAAAGGAAAUAAUCCUUGAAUUUAUCAAUUCCUUUACAUUUCCUAUCAAUGGAGAGGUUCUAUAUCUACAGCAGAAGCCCUGCCUCCUACCUCUGAUCUUACUUGACUUCCAUUUCACUCAAAUUACUGGUAGAAAUAACACUUAAAGAGAAUCACAUAUUAUUUCUUAAAAGCCUUACAAGUAGAGAAUAUUCACAAUAUGUUGCCUUCCUAUGUAGGAUACCCUCUGGGUUCACAUUGAAUUUGCAGGUCAGGUUCCCAGAGCUGUUUCUCUUCUCAUGGUUCUAGGAGGUAACCCUGAGGGAUUGGUUGUAUGUCUGGUAUUCAUGAGCCCCCAUUGGUGAGCUUCCCCUUUUCAGUUAAUCAAUUGAACUCCAUUUUAGAAAAAAUAUUUACUGAGAAGGUAUAUAAAAUGGACAGUUCCUAUGUGUUUUAAUUCUCCCAAGCCCCCCAAAUUAACAAAGCUUACAAAAGAUGAGAAUGGUCAAUGUUGGAAAGAUUAUGAGAAGAUAAGUAUAUUAAUGCAUUGUUAAUAGAACUGUCAAUCAAUACAACCAUUUGGGAGGACUUGUAUUAUGUAAAUAAGGUGAAUAUAAAAUUUCCAUACCUUUUAACCCAGAAAUUCCACUAUUAGGAACUCUUUUUAUGAUACAAAUAACUGGAAGCAAAAUAGAUGCCCAUAAAUCAGAGAAGGACUAAACAAAUUGUCCUACAUGAAUGUAAUGGAAUAUUACUUUGCUAUGAAAAAUAAAAAUAUUAUAGAUAAGGAGGAACAUGGAAAGAUCCGCAUAAACAGACAUAGGGUAAAGUAAGCAGAAAGAAGAAAAUCAUAUAUUAAAUGACUAGAACCAUGUAAGUAGAAAGACACACACAUACACACACAUGCACACACACACACUCAAAAGUAAAUAUAACCAAAUUAUAAGGAACAUAAAUGAUUCCAAAGAAGAGCUAUGAGAAGAUACUGAUACCCUAUCCCUUUGUAGAGAUGGGAGGUCCAAAGUGCACUUCAUUGCAUAUAUUUUGAGACUUUUUAAUCUAUUCAUCAGCUAUACUAAUUUUUUCUCUUUCUUUUUUUUGAUUUUUAAAAUUUUUGUUUGUUAAAUGAGGAAAUAUAUUUAGAAGAAUUGCACAUAUUCAACCUAUAUUGGUGAUAAAUAGGGGAUAGAGGGGAGGGAGAGAGAAAAAUUUGGAACCCAAGGUUUUGCAAGGGUGGAUGCUGAAAAAUAUCAUUGCAUAUAUUUUGAAAAUAAAAAGCUAUUAUUAAAAAACAAAAGUGGAAAAAUGUUAUUUGUUAAAUUAAAUGACUUGAAAGAGGCACAGGAAAAGAGACUAGUG